UUUCUCUCGCCUUGCCUUUGUAAAUCUCCAAUGAAAUAUAUUAUCUUAGUGGGUCCAAGUAUUACAAUUCCAAAUAGCAGACUUCACACCUUUCCGAAGUAAUGUUCAUAACUUCUUUUUCCCCAUGUUUCUUCUGAGAUCUUCUUUCUUCGUAGAAUAUUUCCUUUCUUGCAUAUCUUACAUCCCAUAACCGACUAAAACUAAUCAAUGUUUAACCAUAAUUGUCUCCUACUUUUACUUAUAAUCUUACUCUCGACCUUCGCUAAACCUUUUCUUUGUGAUCCAAGAGCAACACCAGCAGCUCUAAUAUGCAGCGAAAGGACUGCGGUUUUAGACCGUCAACCCUUCGUCACAAACUUCUUGGCCACCAUGGAGCCGGCGACUGCACUGAUGGUCAGGCAAGGAUAUGCAGCCGUUGUCAAUGGAACCGGCAACACCACGGUGUAUACAUUUGGUGAAUGCAUGAAAGAUCUUUCUUUUAAUGAUUGUAACCUUUGUUUUGCUCAGUCCAAGAUUCAGAUCACAGCGUGCCUUCCUUUUGAGCGAGGUACACGAGGAGGCCGACUUUUCCUUGAUGGGUGUUACCUAAGGUAUGAUGAUUAUAACUUCUUUAAUGAAAGUUUAAGUUCAACGGAUAAAACUGUAUGUGGGGCUAAAGAUUUUGGAGGGAACAAGACUAUUUUUGGAGCUAAUGCUGUUGAAUUGGUGAGGAAUUUGAGCGUACAAGCUGUUAAAAAUGAUGGAUUCUUUGUUGGGUCCGUGAGUCGAGGGAAUGUAUCCGUUUAUGGGUUGGCUCAGUGUUGGGAGUUUGUGAAUGGAAGUGCUUGUGAGAACUGUUUGGAGAAUGCGGUGUCGAGGAUUGCUUCAUGCACUCCAAAGGAAGAGGGGAGGGCCUUGAAUGCUGGUUGCUAUUUGAGGUAUUCGACACAAAAGUUUUAUAACAAUUCAAUAAUUGAGCAAAGAAUAGAGAUCGGAGGCAACAGGACAGCUAUCUACGCGGGAACAUCUUCUGCGGCGGCUCUUUUCCUUAUUGUUGUAUUGGUUGUUUUCUUUGUCAAUAAAAAACUUGUGAAGAAGAAGAGAGAGCGGAAGCUGCUAGGAGCUUUACUGGCCUCUGUGAAUAACUCCAAGCUCAAUUUCUGCUAUGAAACUCUUGAAAAGGCCACAAAUUACUUUGACGAUUCCAGGAAGCUGGGGCAGGGAGGAUCUGGUUCGGUUUAUAAAGGAAUUCUGCCAGGGGGAAAGGCUGUUGCUGUAAAGAGGCUUUUCUUUAAUACAAAACAAUGGGUGGAUCAUUUCUUCAAUGAAGUUAAUUUAAUCAGUGGCAUCGAUCACAAAAAUCUUGUAAAGCUACUUGGAUGCAGCAUUACAGGCCCUGAAAGUCUUCUUGUUUAUGAAUAUGUCCCAAAUCACAGCCUCCAGGAUAUCCUCUUUGAUAAAAAGAAUCCUGAGCCUCUAAUGUGGGAGUUGAGAUAUAAAAUCAUAUUAGGUGCAGCUGAGGGCUUGGCCUAUCUUCAUGAGGAAUCGAAUUUGAGAAUCAUACAUAGAGAUAUAAAACUUAGCAAUAUUUUGCUUGAUAAAGACCUUAACGCAAAGAUAGCUGAUUUUGGCCUUGCAAGACUUUUUCCAGAGGACAAGACUCACAUCAGCACAGCCAUUGCUGGCACCCUAGGUUACAUGGCCCCAGAGUAUGUUGUUCUUGGCAAGCUGACUGAGAAGGCAGAUGUUUAUAGUUUUGGCGUUGUUAUUGUUGAAGUUGUCUGCAGAAAGAGGGCCAACACAUUAACUCAAAAUUCAGAUUCCCUCCUACAAAUGGUUUGGGACCUUUAUGUCAAAGGAAUACUACACGAAGCUGUUGAUCCGGUCAUAGCGGGUGAUUUUCAACUUGAAGAAGUUUUACAGUUGUUUCAAAUAGGCCUACUCUGUGUACAAGCCUCUGCAGAACUUCGACCAUCAAUGUCCAUUGUUGUGAAAAUGCUCACACAUAAUCAUGAGAUACCUCAGCCAACACAGCCACCAUUUCUUUGUCCUACUAGUGUGGAAAUUAGCUCGCCAACCACUCCUACAACCUACAAUUCUAAACCCAAAUCUUACGCCCAGUCUCCAGGGAUUAGCACCUCAGAAAGUUGGAUAGAACCCAGAUGAGUAUUACAAUUUAAUUCUAAAGCCGUCAGUACACUAUUGCCUUAUUCUAAAAACACCACCACCACUUGCCCUUUUGUUUCCUUCAACAGUUGUACAUAAUUAUAAUCUGAGCUGUUUCAGUGUCGCUCUAUGUCUCAGUUUACCAUCGGGGGAUAUAAAGCCACGCAGGCAUUCAGCAUUAUAAAUAUAGUCAUAUUUGGAUGUUAUUUUUUCUGUAAGUAAUUAUAAAAAAUUGUAUUAAGAUGAAGGUUCUUUUAUACUGUUCUAA